AUGAAAACAAAUCUUAUUAAAUUAAUACUUCUCACGUCAUGUUCGAUAGUCAUUUUGUACAGUUUUGCCAUUUUCAUUUUAAGUUCUUCACUAAUUUUCGUAAAAUAUGAGCAGUCUGACAGUGACAUUGCCGACCUAUUGGCAACUGUAAACGGUUUUGAAAAUGAUUUAGAACGCAUAAAAAUGGAAAUGAAAGUCAGCAUAGAUGACGUGGAUGAAGCCGUCCGAAGAUUUGAACAUCCACAGAGAGAAAAUCAAAAUUUUUGGAAGAUCAAACCCCUGAUGCACAAUCCCUAUUUAUGUUCAAAAGUUCCAAAUAGACAGAUGGAUGACAAAUCUACAAAAGAAAAUGAUGGAUGGAUGGAAUUGCCUGAGGAGGUUGAAGUGGAUCACAGCAUUAAUUGGAUCAUGUACGUCCACUCAUCUGUUAAAAAUACCGAGCUAAGGCAGAUUAUCAGAAAAACUUGGGGCCAGCCUGAUCUGUUUAAAAAUUACAAAUCAAAAAUUAUUUUUGCUGUUGGUCGGCCACAAAAUGCCCAUUGGCAGAGAAAGUUGAAUCUUGAAUUUGAGAUAUUCAAAGAUAUUUUACAAGGGGACUUUAUGGAUACGUAUAAGAAUUUAACCUAUAAAGCUGUUUUCACAUUAAAGUGGGUAUCACUCUACUGCAAACACGUCCCCAUUGUAAUGAAAGCAGACGACGAUUCAUUCUUGAACAUCUUCCAACUGAAGCAUUACCUUAUAUACAAUUUAUCGAGAAGCAACGAUGACAACCAGGGGUUCAGUGAUGGAAAAUCAACAACGACUGCAAAGAUAAAUUAUAAUGGUGAUGAUAAUUUAAAAAUUCUCUGCCCUGUCUAUGGUGAUAAUGUCAUGCCCAUUUUAAGAGACAAAAAGACGUGCAUGAAGUGGUGUGUGGACAAACACGACCUCCCCGGCAGAACUGGUUUUCCUACUUACUGUAGUGGGAUAGCCUACUUCUUCACUCAAGAACUCGUUCAGAAGAUGGUCCAACACAUCCAAACCACGCCAUAUUUCUGGAUAGAUGAUGUCUACAUAACAGGACUGCUGCCAAUGAAGAUCCCAAACGUCAAGUACCUUAGCAUUUCAGAUGAAACCAUUUUAGAUAACAAACAGGCUUUUAGCGAGUACAGAAAUAACACGCUUCCAAUCAGGUACAACGUAGUGCACCUUGGUGAUACAAAGGCUUUUGCAAUCCUUUGGAAUAUCUUGCUGAAGAGAUUAACAAUUGCAGAUCUUAAUUCUCUAACAAAAUCCAGAGAUGAUUUAAAAGUUCAGGCAUUUUCAUUGUGA